AGUGCAUGAAUAUCAAUGAGCUGCAAUGGGUGAUAGUUUAUGGCUUUUGGAUUGAUGUGGGCACACAAUGUGUUAAAGGGACAUGAUUCAGUGGAGGCUCCGAGUGAUCCAUUGACACAGACACUGUAGUUUAUUAGUGUUAUCGGUGUGGAGUACCGGAGUCUUACUUCCUGGUUGAGUGGGGCUGUGUCUUGGGCUGUAACAUUACUCAAUAGAGAUAACGCUAGUCAGGCGUCUUUCUUGGAACCUUCUCUCCACUUCUCAGUUAUCCAGGGAGGUCGUGUAUUGGCCUUGGCGGUUUGUGGACAGUGUAAACGGCCUCAGUCUGUACUCAAUUGGUUCUGGCGAAUUUUCAUAGGAUUUUGAUGUCUCAAAGCAUGUGACAUCACGUCUGUACUCAUCUCCUCACUGUAAUGAUACACAUUGAAGCAACGUUUGUGUCUGGAGAGCUGACGUGCUUCACUGAUCACGGUAGUUAGUGUGAUUCAGCAUGGAUAAAUAUAGAGGCAGGUCACGGGGUCAUACGCAGGGUAACCCUACACCUGAUGACUGGGAUAAUGUGGCCCCGGAUUACGAGGACAACGCUAGUCCAAGACAAUCACCUGAAAGAGGCCCAGGUUGGACUUCACCCAGUCAGCAGCCACCAGGAGCGUAUACCCGUGGUGGGACGAGACAGUCAGGCCGUGACAUGGACCGAGGGAACAGGUCCGAGUUGGGUCCAGGGGGGUACAGGUCUUCCAUAGAGGACAUGAACAGAGGAGGGGUAAACGCUGGGUACAGAUCCUCAGAUGACAACAUUCCCUAUGGAAGGGAUAGAUCUGAUGUUGAGAGGGGGUAUUCUCCCGCCCGGCAGCACAGCCGACAAGGCUCAGGUGGAUAUGACAAUCAAGGGUUUCCAGACGGACCACAAGUUUAUGCGAUAGAUGAUUAUGAGAGAGAAAGGUAUAUGGAACAGCGUGGCCGAUCACCUGAGAUUACAAGGAAUGAAGCCUUCCAGAUGUCGGACAAUGGAACAUCUCCGGAUGUUGUUUCCGAUUCUUCCCACCAUCCGCAACUGGGACGGUACAGUGACGAAGUAGAUGGACGCUACAUACAGCAUCAUGGACGGCAUUAUCGUACAGACAACGACAAUCAUUCUGUGUACAGCUUGAAUUUUGGUGAGUUUGCAAUGGGAGAAAAUGUCUGGGAUAAACUGCACACAAUUCGGCUCCGGAGAAAGAGUCAAAAGUCACGUAAAUCUGCAAUGACUUUGUCACGACGUCGACGUGGUUUGGACGAGGAUGAGAAAGAUGGUGAUGAUGAUGAAGACAUGGAAGGAUUACUACCAAGUCUGCAGGCUCGUGUCAAGCAGAAAUCCCUUCAUGAACGUUACAUGGAUAAGGUGCAAUCGACAACUGAUGCAGCUGAAGCAAUGAGAGACACUGCUGCCCUACAAGCCGGGGGUGUCUCAUCCGUCAAACAAAGUAUUAAACAGAGCUGGCAGAAGAAGAGGUCUCAACUGAAGGGAUGGCUGUACCAGCUGGAGUUAUGGGCAAGCACCUUCAAGGAGAUCGAGGGUCGGUUCGGAACAGCGACAGUGUCUUACUUCCGCUUCACACGCUGGCUCAUGUUCCUCAACCUGUACAUCUUCCUGCUGAUGUUCUGUGUCAUCGUCAUCCCCUAUUUCGCCCUUCCUACCCCCGACUUGUUCCACAACAUCCCCACAGUGAACCGAUCGGACGCCUACUUCCAAGAGGCUGACAGAUGCACGACUCUCUACAAGGACUACAUUGACAACAUCACAGCCAGGGAGUCUGUGGGGGACAUGGUCCUGGACUUCAUUCAGGGCACCGGGUGGAUGGAGAGGAAGGAGCUGUUCUAUGGUGUCUACUACAACCGCACCUACCCCCUCCCCGACAACCAGCACGGCACCUACAACAUGAGCCUGGCCUACCUGCUGACCACCGGCAUCUGCUUCCUCCUCAGCUUCAUCCUCAUCGUUAAAAAUUCCGGCAAGAGCGUGAAGGAGGCAGUGGUGGACCAGGAAAGCUCCAAGUCCCUGUACUGCAACAAGGUGUUCUGUGCCUGGGACUUCUGUAUCUCCAAUGAGAAGACCGCCGGUUCCAAGAUGGCCAGCUUCACACGAGAGCUACAGGAUGACCUGAAUGAGGAGCGUCGACGGAAUCGACAGGCCGAGAGAUCCAUGGGAGAGAAGUGUCGCCUCAUCUUCGUCCGUAUUUUCAUCAACCUGUUUGUCAUCUGUAUUCUUGGUGCCUCUCUCUACCUAAUCUACUACACCACGGAGACGCUCCUUCAGCUGGACAAGACAGGCCAGGCUGAGAUCGUGGUGCUCAUCUACCAGUACCUUCCCUCCCUCGCCAUCACCGUCCUCAACUUCCUCGUCCCCCUCAUGUUCUCCAAGGUCGUCAUCGUUGAGGACUACAGUAGCAGCUUUGAGCUGAAGAUCACCCUCUUCAGGACGGUGCUGCUUCGACUUGCUUCCCUGGGAGUGUUGAUUAUCUCCCUUUACAUCCAGCUGCUCGGUGGAGGAGAUAACAAAAUGGACUCCACCUGUGGGAACAAACGCUGGUCAGCGUCUAACGGAUCUGACGAUACCAGUACCAGUAUUAAGUGUUGGGAGACAUAUGUUGGACAACAGUUCUACAAGCUGGCUUUACUGGACUUUGUCACUGUUGUACUUCUCACAUUCCUCGUGGAGUUUCCCAGAAGGUUGGUUGUCCACAAGUUCUCCAACAGAUUCAAGCUGAUCCAGCUGAUCGGAGAGCAGGAGUUUGACCUCCCCAAAAACGUGCUGGACAUUGUGUAUUCACAGACACUGUGCUGGUUGGGCAUGUUCUUCUCACCCCUCAUCCCAGCCAUGACACUGAUGAAAGUUCUCGUUAUAUUUUAUGUGAAAAGGCUGACUGUGUUAAACAACUGCAUCCCAGCCUUGCGGCCGUAUCGAGCAUCAAGGUCACACUCGUUCUUCAUGACAGUAUUACUGUUCUCCUUCGUCCUCUCGGUCAUCCCCCUCGGAUACCUCAUCGGAACCGUCCAUCCAUCUCAGAGUUGCGGCCCCUUCCGCCUGUACAGCCAUGAAGACUACGUCAUCUUUGACACCAUCACCAACACCGUGAGGACGUGGCCCUCCGUGGCCAGGGACAUCUUCUCCUAUCUGGGCACAGUGGGCUUCUUUGUGCCCGCCAUCAUACUGCUGUGUCUUCUGAUGUACUACUACUGGGCGGUGUCUCAGGGCUACAAGAAGAUGGAACAGCUGCUCAAGGAACAACUCAAGAUGGAGGGCCGUGAUCGUCAAUUCCUGCUGACUCGUGUAAAUGAAGUUAUACAGAGGGGGGAACUUGGAACAGCAGUAACCGGAUAACAGAUAUACAUGUGCGCUUACUUUUACCACCCUUGCUCAACUGCUGAUCUACACCUGCCUUGUUUUCAACGGCUGAUAUUGGAGAUGUUCCACUGUUCCCUGGUUCUGGAUCUGUUACAAGUGCCUUUAUACACAGCUGGUUUCAAACCUGGUACUCGUCAAUAUACCCGGUGUUAUGAUGAUGCCUGUAUCACAUAUAUCUUGAUGACUGUAGAAAUGGGAUAUAUUGCAUUAAUAUUGGCAGAAUUCAUAACUGACCUAAUUAGAGGUCAAGCAAGUAUUACCUGAUGAACUACGAAUGUGAUUACCAGCCUGGAAGAAAACCUGCAAUGACGUCUUCCAAAGGUUGUUAUAUAAUAAUCCAUAUAUAUAAUGUGGAUCAUUCGUUACUAACUCGUGUUAUUCUGUGUUAUUAUUAGUGACUCGUGCCCCUCUCAUGGCCAUUUUUGCGACUGGGUUCCGUCUAAGUACAGAACAUUCAUCAAUAGGGGGACAAGUCCUCUUGCAGGUUAUUGAAAAGGGCAUGUGGUGAUGAAUGAAUAUGGACAUGUCAUCACACUUCGUUUCAUGCAAGACCGUGUUCAUAAUAUCUGCAGUUAAUUAACCCAAGCAGCAAUGGAGGUAGUGUGUGGAGAAAGAUCAUCUCCCUGCUCCUGGAUGACAUGUAUGUGAUCAAGAUGGCUGCUGAUGGUGGACAAUAAAUGUACACACAGCAGCAUGGCAUACAUGCCUUGUAUCACCAUACGGGGGACAGGCUGACCCUGCAGUGUUCUACAUGUACUCACAGCAUCAUGGCAUACAUGCCUUGUAUCACCACACGGGGGACAGGCUGACCCUGCAGUGUUCUACAUGUACAGAUAUGGUCGAGCUGGUUGUGGACGUACUUCAAUGCAAUAUCUGCACAAUUAUUGUUGCGUUGCUGUGAGGAAUUGGUUGUGCUGCCGUGAUCCUCAUUAUUCCUCUGCAAUAGGAAUUAUUAAGGGAGAUAGUAUUCCUUUCAUGGCUGAUCAAAUAGCUACACACAACCAAGUUGUUGAGAGACUUAAGCAACUGUAGGUUUGUUUUGACUCAACUGUAAAGCUUUCAUGGGAAACAAUACAAGUUUAUCACAUUGGAAAACAGUGCAAAGUAUAGAGAAUGGUAAUAAUCGGACCACAAUAUUAUUUCAGUGCUAUAUAAAGUUAUGUUUGAAGAUUAAUAUUGCUUUUCUAUGAUGGUGAUAGUGGAUCUAAGUACACGAAUAGUUAUAUAAUAAUAUGUUAUGCAUUUCCACUGUAUCAUGUUACAGCAAAAGUCCACAGACAGGAUUUACUAGUUGUGGGAUUUAUGGCAACCCCAUGUAUGUAUGUGUGUGUGUAAGUAAUGAAGCUACUGUACAUCUGUGACAUGGAGAAUCUCUCCCAAGUGUCUUUUGAUAUCAAAUAUAGCUACAUGAGUCGAUAAAAGUUAACUCUGAGGCUUGGUGAUAUAUUUGAUAU